GCUGCUUAGCUCAGGCUUGGGCACGUCCACCUGGCGCGUCUGAAACUUUAGCCAACGGGGGUGCAGACUCGUCAGUGAGAGCAUUCCUGAGCCCAGCAUCCAAGAAGCGAGGGAGGUCGGGAAGGUGCUGCCAGGAGGCAGGGGGAGGUCCCCAAAAGUCCAGGAAAAGUUGAGGUCAUCAACGCCGCGAGGUGGCCCCCAGGCUGGCCUUUGCCAGCAUGUUCAACAGCUCGGAGCAGUCCCAAGACGGGUGACUGUCGGUGGCGGUGCCUGGAGAGAUCCGAGGCUUUGAGCUGGUGCACCAGCGGCAUGGGCGGCUGCCCUGGGCUCGCCUCUUCCAGCCCAGCAUCCAGCUGGCCCGCCAGGGCUUCCCUGUGGACAAGAGCUUGGCAGCAGCCCUGGAAAACAAGCGGACCGUCAUCGAGCAGCAGCCUGUCUUGUGUGAGGUGUUCUGUCGGGAUGGAAAGGUGCUUCGGGAGGGGGAGAGACUGACCCUGCCGCGGCUGGCUGACACCUACGAGACGCUGGCCAUCGAGGGUGCUCAGGCCUUCUACAACGGCAGCCUCACGGCCCAGAUUGUGAAGUACAUCCAGGCAGCUGGGGGCAUUGUGACAGCCGAGGACCUGAACAACUACCGCGCUGAGCUGAUUGAGCACCCACUGAACAUCAGCCUGGGAGACGCGGUGCUGUACAUGCCCAGCGCGCCACUCAGCGGGCCCGUACUGGCCCUCAUCCUCAACAUCCUUAAAGGGUACAACUUCUCCCGGGCGAGCGUGGAGACCCCCGAGCAGAAGGGCCUGACGUACCACCGCGUCGUGGAGGCUUUCCGGUUUGCCUAUGCCAAGAGGACCCUGCUUGGGGACCCCAAGUUUGUGGAUGUGACUGAGGUGGUCCGCAACAUGACUUCCGAGUUCUUCGCUGCCCAGCUCCGGGCCCAGAUCGCUGACGAUACCACUCAUCCGAUCUCCUACUACAAGCCCGAGUUCUACACGCCAGAUGACGGGGGCACUUCCCACCUGUCUGUCGUUGCAGAGGACGGCAGUGCUGUGUCCGCCACCAGCACCAUCAACCUCUACUUUGGCUCCAAGGUCCGCUCCCCAGUCAGCGGGAUCCUGUUCAAUGAUGAAAUGGAUGACUUCAGCUCUCCCAACAUCACCAAUCAGUUUGGGGUACCCCCCUCACCUGCCAGUUUCAUCCAGCCAGGGAAGCAGCCGCUCUCGUCCAUGUGCCCAACAAUCAUGGUGGGCCAGAACGGCCAGGUCCGGAUGGUGGUGGGAGCUUCUGGGGGCACGCAGAUCACCACGGCCACUGCACUGGCCAUCAUCUACAACCUCUGGUUCGGCUAUGACAUGAAGCGGGCCGUGGAGGAGCCCCGGCUGCACAACCAGCUUCUACCCAAUGUCACAACAGUGGAGAGAAACAUUGACCAGUUGGUGACUGCAGCCCUGGAAACCCGGCACCAUCACACCCAGAUCGCAUCCACCUUCAUCGCUGUGGUGCAAGCCAUUGUCCACACACCUGGUGGCUGGGCAGCUGCCUCCGACUCCAGGAAAGGCGGGGAGCCUGCCGGCUACUGAGUGCUCAGGGCAGACAAAGCUGACCAGCAAUCCAGGAACAAGAUACUCACCAGGACUGGGAAGAGGACUUUGGGGUCGUGCUUCCCUUGUGAGUGGCAGAGCAUCACAAUAAAUGAGGCCACUGUGUCAGGCUCCAGGCAGCCUCCCUGGCCUG